AUGGGGCUACUUGGGAAGUCUCACUUCCUUGCCUUCCUCGUUCACAGUUUGCAGGCUCCAUCAAUCCGCACAGGGCCAACCCAGGAUCUGUGGCCCCCAGCACGAUUUGACUGCUUUCUAGAUAACUGCCACAAGGCCUCCAGUGAAUUGCUGGCACGCGGGGGAGGCUUACACCAUCAUGAUUGUGUUGUGGAAGCAAAGAAUGGAGCAUCGUGCUUUGCCUCUACCUCUUCACGAACGCAGCAUGCAGAGGAGCUCCACAAACGAGAACCCUCACCACUCAUCCGCGUGGCAACUGCUGCUGAAUUUUCGACAGAGCGGCUCCUUCGUAUCCGGAGGAGAAAUAUUCGCUUCCUUUGUGCUAGCCGAAGAAAUAGAAAACGCGGGUUGUUACCUCCAGCAAAAGCAGCUGCAGCGGAAGCAGCAGAGAAGUGGAACGCGGAAGAGGAAGCAUUUCUGCGGCGUUCACUGGAGCUCAAAGACCCGCUUGUGAAUGAAGCGCCAGUUCCCCUCCUUUGCAAGGGCAUCACUUGUCCCACUAAUGCAGGCCGCCAGUCGGCGAGCCCAACCGCAACACGCCGCUGGCAGCGGCACUUUCGGCGCGAAAGUCGGGAAGCAGCGGCUUUGGAGCUUCACACACUAUUCCGUUUGGUAUCCGAGGCUUGCCCGUUGGCACCACGGCUGCCCUAUUUAUUUGUUGACGCGCGGCAGCCCGCGGCCGUCGUGCGGCUGCAGCGGCUUUUGCGUAGUCUGGUGAGGCGGCACUGUCGGUACAAGAGAGAACUGGAAGCAUUCCGCUCACUGUGUAAACAGGCCUUCGCGGCUGCAGCAGCAGAAGGGAUAGACUCAUCCGCUGAGACUGCCAAAGCUGCGCAAGUGGCUGCAUCCCUAAAAAACACAGCAGAUGAAGCAGGACGCUGUGGAAAAAAGCUCUCUGCACGAACUAUUCUCCAGCAGAAGAAGCCCUUACGCAUUCUUAUCGUUGGGCUUCCGAACGUAGGGAAAAGCAAGAUCGCAAACAGUCUGGUGGGGAGAAAGGUGGCGCGCAGCUACCGCUGGCCAGGCACGACGCAGUCUGUCAAUGUUCAUAGGCAGCCGGUCACACUGGCGCGGCAAGGCGACAUGUCUCGGCUUUUCGACGUUGUAGACACUCCCGGGUUUAUUCCUGUCUACCCUGAAGAAGCAGCGGUAGCCCUUGGGGCCGCGUUCUUUCGCAUGGAAGAUUUACUACCGGGAGCUACUGACUUUGACAGGGUAAUGACUCGCUACAAAAUUGAUCCGCUGUCCGUAAAGCAUGACAUGAACAAGGGGGUACAACUUCUGCUGACGCUAGCGGAACAAAGACACCACUCCAAUGAGGGCGCUGCGGCGCAGCGACUUCUCAGUGAUUUCACCCAAGGUUACUUAGGAAGGCACACCUUUGAGCUACCUCCAGUGCGGCAUCCGCCCCCGCGCGCUGCAUCGACUGAGAUGACCAUGUGGGACGUGCGAGAAACAGGAGAGGAUAUACGAAUUGAUAAACCUGACUGCGUUGAGGAAGACUUAGUUCAGCCGGCCUUCGGUGGCGUGGAUGGGACUUCAUUGCCGAGCACGGAAGGCGGGAGCAGCCGCCAAGUCCAAGCAGAUGAGCAUAGAGUCACAGUGGGGCUGGCAGCAUCGAGGAAGCGAUGGACAAUGCGGCGUUAUGGAGACAGAAUUUCCUUCGUGCUGCAGCCGCAAAAUUUUGGGCAGGCUGCGGCCCACGAUGGAAAGCGUACAGAAGUGCUUCAGAGUGAAGAGUGGAAAACGGCUUGCCGACCUCACCUAAGCUGCAGUAGUAAAAGAGGAACAGAAGGCCUCCCGGGAGCAGCACAAAGCCAAGCAUUAAAGGAAGAACGGAAGUGCAGUGCUUCCUACUCCGAUUGUGGGGGAGGAAUGCAGCAACAGUCGCGACUGUUGGCACCAGGAUGGCUUGAAGGGUGGUAG